GUGAAGCAUGUAAUCUGUGGUGAAGCUAAGCAAGUUUGACGAUUGACGACGCCGCUUUAUAGGCGUUUUUGUUUUCAUAUAACUAUUAUUAUUUGACUGAACAAUAUUCAAAUAUAUUAGCAUAGAUCGGGAGCUGAGUAAGUUUGUAUAAUGACGACUAUAUGUCCUAAGAAGGACGGUGGGCCAAAUGCCGAGUUUUUCCAAUCGCCAGAAUCACUAGCCCAAUUUGAUCAAAUUCGUGUUUGGUUGCAGAAAAAUUGCAAGAAGCAUGUGCAGACUGACCCACCUACAAAGGAGGGCCUGGCCCAACUGGUGGUGCAACUCAUACAGUACCAAGAAAAUAAAUUGGGGAAGAAUGCAUCUGAUCCACCAUUUAUCAGGCUUCCAAUGAAAGUAUUCAUGGACAUGAAGCCAGGAGGUUCUUUGUGCACAGUGCUCGCCACCAUGUUCCGCUUCAAGUCGGAGCAGCGGUGGCGCAAGUUCGACUUCCAGGUCGGUAAGAACCCAUCCCGCAAAGACCUGAACGUGCAAAUGAUGAUGGAGAUAGAAUCUUCACUCAACAGUGCGGAGGUGGUACGCACUCCAUGCGUGUACAUCCGUCCGGAGGUGGACAAGGCUACCGUGAAUAAGAUUAAGGAGAUCAUCGGACAACAUGGAGAUAUUUGUGAGGACGAAGAAGACGCUACGCACAUAAUCUAUCCUCUAGUGGACCCGCUGGAAGAGGAGUACGCUCGGCCGGUGUUCCGACGGGGGUCGCACGUGCUGGUGCACUGGUACUAUCUGCCCGACUCCCACGACACCUGGGCCGCCGCCGACUUGCCUGUGGACGUCCCAGAGACAGCAAACUGGGAGUGCGUGCGUUCGGAACCUUGGAGAGUAUCAGCGUCGUGGGUGCUGGACCUGCCGCAGUACAACGAGUGGAUGAACGAGGAGGACUACGAGGUGGACGCCGGAGGCAAGAAGAAGGUGCACAAGCUGCGCCUGUCUGUGGACGAGCUGCUGCCGGGCGCGGAGCCCUCGGCCAAGGGCAAGAAGGCCGGCAAGAGGAAGCGCUCGCCCUCCCCGCCCCCAACCAAACACAACAAGCGCAAGAGCCGCAUAACGAAGCGACGCGACAACGACGCAGAAGACGAGGAAGACAAUGCCUCUCGAGACAACACGGACGCGGCGCCCACGCCCGACAGCGAGAAAGCUGCUGAAACGCCGACGCCGGCGGCCGAGCCCGCGCCGGCGCCGGACGCCCCGGCGACGCCGGCGCCGCCGCUCGACGCACACGAGGACUCCCAGGGCAAGCACUCCGACUCCAAUACGCAGGAAAUGCUGAUAAAGGAGGAGCUGGAAGACAACGUGACGGACCAAACGCACCACAUCGUCGUACCGUCCUACUCCGCCUGGUUCGACUAUAACUCCAUUCACACCAUAGAGAAGCGGGCGCUGCCAGAGUUCUUCAACGGCAAGAACAAGUCUAAAACGCCGGAGAUUUACUUGGCUUACAGGAACUUCAUCCUGGACACGUAUCGCCUGAACCCCACAGAAUACCUGACGUCGACCGCGUGCCGCCGCAACCUGGCAGGCGACGUGUGCGCCAUCAUGAGGGUGCACGGCUUGUUGGAGCAGUGGGGGCUCAUCAACUACCAGCUGGAAGCGGAAUCUCGGCCCACAGCGAUGGGUCCGCCGCCGACGUCGCAUUUCCACGUGUUGUCAGACACUCCUUCCGGUCUGCAGCCCUUGGUUGCUAGGAGACCAGCAGAGAACGCGGCGGUGCCGAAGGUGGAGGCGGGACUGCCCAACGGCACGGAGGCGGCGCCCGGCGCUCCGCCCGCGCUCAAGGCGGAGCCCGGCCGCGAGCUGGGGGCGGAGCCCGGCCUCAAACUCGACCAGUACCGCGGCAUGGGCGGGCGCGGACGCGAGUGGACGGAGCAGGAGACGCUGCUGCUGCUGGAGGGGCUGGAGCUGCACCGCGACGACUGGAACCGCGUGGCGGCGCACGUGGGCACGCGCACGCAGGACGAGUGUAUCCUGCACUUCCUGCGCCUGCCCAUCGAGGAGCCCUAUCUGCACGAACACGCGGACGGCGGCGUGCUGGGCCCGCUGGCGUACCAGCCGCUGCCGUUCAGCAAGGCCGGCAACCCCGUCAUGAGCACCGUGGCGUUCCUCGCCUCGGUCGUCGACCCCAGGAUUGCUUCCAAGGCCACGCGGGCCGCCAUGGACGAGUUCGGCAAGAUCAAGGACGAAGUGCCGGCGGCCAUGAUGGAGGCGCACGUGCGCGCGGCCGCGGAGCACGGCGCCGCCGCCGCGCUCGCCGCCACCGGCAUCGCCGGCACUGCGCCGCCGCCGCCGCCGCCGCCACGCGCGGACUCCGCCGCAGAGAAGAAAGACGAAAUGAAGACAGAAGCGAUGGAAGUGGAAGAGAGUGGCGAUGCGCAGAAGGUGAAGGAGGAACCGGCGGAGGCGGCCGCGGAGGACAAGGACGAGAAACCUGACACACAACCCGCAGCUGAUGAACCUCCAGCGACUGUUGACGCGAAACUUCAAUCAGCUGCGUCGGCUGCGUUGGCCGCGGCGGCGGUCAAGGCGAAACACUUGGCCGGCGUCGAGGAGCGCAAGAUCAAGUCGUUAGUGGCUCUGCUGGUGGAGACCCAGAUGAAGAAACUGGAGAUCAAGCUGAGGCACUUCGAGGAGCUCGAGGCAACCAUGGAGCGCGAGAGAGAAGGUCUGGAGUACCAGCGACAACAGCUUAUCCAAGAAAGACAGCAGUUUCACCUGGAGCAGCUGAAGGCGGCAGAGUUCAGGGCGCGGCAUCAGGCGCACCAGAGGAUGCAAGCGGAGAGCGGCGUAGGCCCGACGCCGGCGGCCGACCAGCCUCCGGAGCCGGCGCCGGCGCCGCAGCUGCCGCCCGCUCACGCGUAGACACGGGAAACUAUCACUAGGGACCUCGGGAUUCGGAACUCAAAUCCACAAUACAAUUGAACUGUUUUAUCGACGAACUAUUCUCACUUGUUCUAAUUUCCUAUGUUAAGCUACUGCUUUGUUCAGUACAAUUACUGAGAACGAAUCUUUUCAACCACAAAAAAAUGAGGUCGAAAGAAAUGAAAUAAUGACAAGGAAACGUUUCCUUGUGAAACUUUUUCAUCGGACCAGAGGGCGAAGUGCGGGUUUGCAUUUCACUUCUCACUAUCGAAUCGAUUCGAAGUGAAACUCGGCGAACCAAUCACAUUGCGGUGUGGUUGUCAUUGCGUCACAAUGGCGAACUGUGAUUGGUUAGCUGCGUCUCCUUCGAAUCGAUUCGAUGGUGAGAUGUAAAUAGCAAAGUCGCACUACGUACACAGAUCUAUCAUCUAUUCAUGUUUCACAAUAUUAUCGAUCGUGAUAGAUAUCGCCAUCUCACUCGCCGUUGUAGACAUUAUCGUAAAUUAUAACAACCCCAUAAUACAGUAGCACUGCAUUGCGGUGAAUUUAAAAUUCUGUAAUUUUAUUAUUUAUAUCUAAUCAUAGCUAAUACGUGCAGACUUCGCGUGGAAAAUCACUACAUAGUAAUAAUAAAACAAGGUCACUUCCCGCUGUCUGUCCGUAUGCUAAGAUCUUUAGAACUACGCAACGGAUUUUGAGUGGCAGGUUUAGGCGUAUAAUUCAUUAUGGUUUUACUCGAGCGAAGCCGGGACGGGCCGCUAGUGUCAACUAUAGAUGAAAAUGUUUCUAAAAAUAUCCAGAAGAAAUUCAAAAUUAUUGUAUGAAUUUAUGUGUGCAACCCGUUAUAGAUCUUUAUUCUUAUGGGUAUGUGGAAUGUAUGUUAUAGAUUUAAGUACGUAAUUUUAUUAUAGCAAAUAAGUUUGUAUUGUAGAAAAUGAUUAUUAUUUGUCAUAACGUUAAGUUAUGUAAUAAAUGGUCUUAUAAAUUAA